UGAGAUACACCCUCGUCCUGAAGGCCACGCCCCCUGCGGUGCUCUGUAUAAACUUCAGUCUCCGCCAGGCUCCCGCAGGCUGACUCCAGCGCCCCUACAUUCGGCAGAUCGCCCCUGCGCCGCCAUGGAUCUCAUGGAUCUCACCGCCAUCUACGAGAGCCUCCUGUCGCUGAACCCUGAGCCACCCAAUCAUGAAGAGACGGAGUCCAGCCCAGGGUGGGCCUCUUCAGCACCCUGGAGCCUUGGCUCAUCCGAGUCUAACCGGGCUGGGGUCACCACCCGCCUGCCCAGUCGCUCCACCAGCCUAGUUGAGGGUCGGAGCUGUGGCUGGGUCCCCCCACCCCCGGGCUUUGCACCGCUGGCUCCCCGACCGGCCCCCGAUCUGUCGCCGUCACCCACCUCACCUACUUCUACCCCCACCACCUCAUCCCGCUACAAGACUGAGCUGUGCCGGACCUUUUCAGAGAGUGGGCGCUGUCGCUACGGGGCCAAAUGCCAGUUUGCCCAUGGCCUGGUGGAGCUGCGCCAGGCCAGUCGCCACCCCAAGUACAAGACGGAGCUCUGCCACAAGUUCUACCUCCAUGGCCGCUGCCCCUAUGGCUCUCGCUGCCACUUCAUCCACAACCCCACUGAGGACCUGGCUGUUCCUGGCCACCCCCACAUGCUGCGCCAGAGCAUCAGCUUCUCAGGCCUGCCCUCUGGCCGCAGAAGCUCGCCACCACCGGCGGGUUUGACGGGUCCUUCCCUCUCCUGCUCCUUCUCGCCCUCUAGCUCCCCACCCCCGCCCCCUGGGGACCUACCACUGUCACCUUCUGCCUUCUCUGCCGCCCCUGGGACUCCCGUGGCCCGGAGGGACCCCACCCCCAACUGUUGCCCCUCCUGCCGUAGAGCCGCCCCCAGCAGCGUUUGGGGGCCUUUGGGGAGCCUGGCCCGCAGCCCCUCCGCACACUCCCUGGGAUCUGACCCUGACGAAUAUGCCAGCAGCGGCAGCAGCCUGGGGGGAUCUGACUCCCCCGUCUUUGAUGCCGGGGUUUUGGGGCCACCUGUAGCCUCCCGUCGCCUCCCCAUCUUCAACCGCAUCUCCGUUUCUGAGUGACAAGUGCCCACCUAGUACAAGGCAGCUGGAUCUCAAACUCUAGAGGGGCCAUUUCCUUUUGUGCUCUGGGCUCCAUAGGGAAGCCCCAUGGCUGUGCGGGAACUAGGUGGCUCUUAAGUUGCCUUUGUUUCCCCAUUCCAAAAUGCAUUAACCCACUCCCCAGUCCCCACACUGGGGCGGGUCCCCAGUGUCCAAGCUCAGUGUUGUGUGGUAUUGGGGGAAAAGUGUUGUCUGGGGUCCUGUUAAGAAAAUGUAGCAAAUUUGAGGGAGGCAGUGAACACCCCACCCCAUGCUGUGAAUAAUAGCCCCUCACUGCCCCCCUGAUUGUUCCUUGUCCCAAAGGUUCCGGUGUUGGUGACCCUGGAGCCUCCUCUGAGGGGGGAAUCCUGGUGCUCAAAUUUCCCUCCAGAAUCAAUAGCCAAAGCCAUUGCCAAGUCCCUUAGUCCACCAUCCCCCUUCCCCUAGCCCUUAGGGCCCUUUAUUUAUGAUGACUUUAUUUAUUCUAAAAGGUUUUAUAUAAGUAUUUAUAUAUAUUGGGUCGUCUGCCUCCCUUGUAUUUUUCUCCCAAUUUUUUGUAAUAUCUGAUACAAUGAAAUAAUUAUAAGUAUGUUAUAAUAAUAUAUUAAGUAAUAUAUAUAUUGAAAGUUUAUUUUUGUGUUCGGAAUUUUUAAAUAAAAGGACAUCUGCUUGUGAA